AUGUCGGACCCAUUUUUCACGCGUCCGGAACAUAGAAAGAGAAAAGCAAAGAAUGCAGCACAGAAAAAACCCGUUGCGAGUAAAAGAAAGCCACAAAAUGAAUCAAAAGAUGAGGAUUUAGCAUCUAUAUCUUCAGACUCAGAUAUGGAAAGAGAACAACACGAUCCAGAUGAAGAAAAUGAAGAUGCUCAUGAAAACGCAGCUGAAAAGCGAUUGCGAAUUGCCAAAGACUAUUUGGACCAGAUAAAAAACGAAAUUGGUGAAGACGUUGGCUUCAAUGCAGAAGAAGUAGAUCGCGAGCUGCUUUCUGAGCGCUUACAAGAAGAUGUUUUAGAAAAACAAGGAAAAAUGUAUUUAGAUUAUGCAAGUCGUAUUGAGCCUUCGGUUCAACCCACUUGCACACAACUGCGUGGCCGACACUCCAAGCCACUUGUUGGACUAAUUAUGAACGAGGAAUUUGUGUACAGCGCCGAUAAAUCAGGAUUGGUUCAAAAAUGGAAAAUUCUAAAUGAAGAUACUGAAGGUGGCGGCAAAACCGCGUCUGAGUUGAAGUUGAAGCCUGUUCGAUUUUCUAUUCCCCAAGGUGGAGAGCGCGAUCAUGUGGCAGAAAUUACAUGUCUGGCAAUUAGCAACGAUGGUCGAUGGGUGGUGACAGGGGGUCUUGACCAUCGGGUUGUUGUACGAGACUCUGAAACAUUAACUGCUCGGCAUUGCUGGAAGCAUCAUCGAGAUGCGAUAUUGGCUUUGGCAUUUCGAAAGGGAACAAACGAAAUGUUUAGUGCAGCUGCCGAUCGUUCCAUCAAAGUAUGGUCUUUGGACUCUAUGAGUUAUGUCGAAACCUUGUUUGGUCAUCAAGAUAUCGUAAACGACGUCGAUGCUUUCUCGCAAGAACGUUGUAUUACAGUUGGUGGUCGGGACCGUAGUAGUAGAUUGUGGAAGAUCGUUGAGGAAUCACAACUUGUGUUUCGGAGCGGAGGUAACUCAAUUAAAAUGACGGGUGGAUAUAUGGAAGGCAGUGUGGACUGUGUCACUAUAGUAGAUGAAAAUCAUUUCAUUACGGGUAGUGAUAACGGGGUUCUCGCCCUAUGGUCUUUACAAAGAAAAAAACCAGUUUACACUUAUCCUUUGGCACAUGGAUUAGAUACCCCGUUAGCCCCUGAACGGCACUCUGCAGAAAAAACACCAUUAGAAAGCACUCCACCUCCACAGCCUCGUUGGAUCACUUCCUUGAGAGCUUUACCGUAUGCGAAUUUAUUUGUGUCUGGCUCAUGGGACGGAACGAUUCGUUUAUGGAGAAUUGCUGAUGGACUUCGUUCGUUUGAACCCGUUGAGUUGGAAAAGCCUUUGGCAACAAAGAGCAUUAUUAAUUCCUUAUCACUUUCGAUUCAAGGAAGAAAGGGACAUGAACAGUUGUUAGUAUUGGCUGCAUGUGGCCGGGAAUUUCGCUAUGGACGCUGGAAAAAUAUUCGAAAUGUGGCUAACCGUGGAUUUAUUUUCCAAAUUCCGAUACAAGCGGCACCAGCUUUGCAGAUGUCCAACGGGACCGAAUGA